GUCACUAAGCUUACGUGUAGCAGUGACACCAGUCUCGCGUGGUGAGAUUUGGCAGGCAGGAGGAGGAAGAUUCCAGAUAACAGCUUUGCGGAAGGUGUUAGAAGCGAUCCGACUGCGGGUUGUGUAUGGAAAAGCAGGAUUGUUGGACAGUGCAUUUACGUGGAUUAGAGAGUGAAGGUUUGCAUUACCCUCAAGCCUCUCUAAUCCCUGUACGGUCCUACCGGGACGAAAACUGUGACAACCAGCUGUACAGCAAGCUGUCUAGGAUAAAGAAGAUGCAGUUAACAUAGCAGCCACCCUCCUUUGCGAAGUCUGCAUCUCUCUGAAAGCAGGGGGCCCUGGAAUUCAAGGGUGUGUAUGCACAGUAGAGUGAAAAGUCAAAAAAGGAUUGUGCAGUCCCGGGCUAUUAAAGAAAGAAGAACUGAAAGAGGAGGAUUGCUCUGUGGUGCUCCCUGAGAAGAACUGCAGGCGAGUGCAUCUUUCUGCUAAUAGGAACACGUAAGGGUAUCUAUCAGUUGCAAUGAUCGUCUUGUUACAGUCAAGCAUCCAGUGACUGUACAGAAAGAUUGGGCAUUUGUGGUAGGAAUUUCACUCUCCUGAAAGAAUAUUCAACUCUUCAAAAACACGUCCUUUGAUAUAAAUCCUGUGCUUUCAUCCCACCUGCCCAGGUUUGACAUGAGUUCUGAAGCAUCUGGAAAGAGUUGUGCAAGUCAAGUUACCAAAAGCUCUGCAUUCAAUAUGGUUUCUGACUCCUCUUUAGAAGGCUCAGUCAUAAGGCCUUCACGUCUAUCGAAGAAAGGUAUAGCAUUUGGUAAACGUUCCAAUUCUAUGAAGAGAAAUCCAGAUGCUAAGGUUAUGAAGACUGGCUGGCUGUACAAGCAGGCCAGCUCUGGGGUAAAGCAGUGGAAUAAGCGCUGGUUUGUCCUUGUUGAUCGCUGCCUCUUCUAUUACAAAGAUGAGAAAGAGGAAGUCAUCUUGGGAAGCAUCCCUCUUCUAAGUUUCCGUAUUGCCCCCGUGCAGCCUUCAGAUAACAUCAGCCGUAAGCACACCUUUAAGGUGACAGUAUGCUGUAUAGUGGACGUCUCUCCCAAUAUAACAGCCCCUGUCUCUUGGCAGGCAGAACAUGCUGGCGUUCGUACUUAUUUCUUCAGUGCAGAAAGCAGGAUGGAGCUGGAGUUGUGGUUACGCGUGAUGGGGGAAGCAUCACAGGUUCAAAACCUGGCCACUCCUAGGUUGGAAAGACAGGACAACAUACCACCAAUAAAGGAUUGUGAAUCUGAGACCAGAAGCCGUGGUGAGGGAGAUGGGAGAGGUUCUGAAAAGAUGGAGAAUAGGUCCGAAUCCAAGGAUGAGCCUCUAACCAAAGUAAUUGGGAGAGGGGUUCCCCCAGAUAGACCUCCUGACCUGCAGCCACCCAGGCACUUGCCUGAAGGGGAACAGCCAAUGCAACCCAAUGAAUGGGGUUUCCCUCCUUCUUCUGGCCGACCAGCAAGCACUGCCUUCUCAGAGAGCCAGAGGCAUGGUAACUUACCACAAACUCACCCAACAAAAAUGGCACAGAGGCAGAACUCUAUGUCACAGCUACAACAGUGGGUUAACUUGAAGAGGGCAGCAGCUCCCACUGAGGAGGCACAUGGCCCCAGCGGGUUCUUCUCAGGAUCCCUCAGAAUACCUGAAUAUUAUUCCCAAGGCUCUCCUCAGUACCUUGAUGGCUACCAGUAUUACAACACACCUGCAAGUUCACGGCCAGACAGUAUCUGCUCAAUGCCUGCUUUUGAUAGGGGAGUUCCCCAGUGGGGUACAGAAGACAAAAGGCAGAUCCACCGUAACCUAGUUCCGUAUUACCCACGUGACUGGAAGGAGCCUGGGAACUAUGGACAUCAGACUGAGGUGUUAGUUCCCUGUCCACAGCUGUAUUACCAGGAAACAGAUGCUGUGUGUGGAUCCCUUAGACGGCUUUCAUUACAGCCUCGCUCUCAAUCAGUACCCCGUUCCCCUAGUCACGGAGCUUACAACACACGCCCAAGGGUUUACUCUCCUGUUCAUUUCCCCAGUGCCAGGUUUGAUGGUGUUACACAGGAUGAUAUUUUUGGAGAACCAACAACAUAUACUAUGAGACGUUCGAUCAGCUCCCCAAAAUAUGGCUGCAUAGAUGACAGACAUCCUCUACCAGUUGGAGUGUAUUCAUACAGCUACCCUGUAUCAGCACCUCCUCAUGAUAAAAUGAUGAGUGAGAGUGAGACUCUGAUCAGCAUGGUGAAUAACAUGGUACACUCUUCCCCCCGAGCACAGAUCUUUAUGCAAGUUUCCCCAUACGCAGACCCAUACAGAGAAGCCCUUCAGAGCUACAAGAUUAAUGAACAGGACACUGAUAAACUCCUUGGUCAGCUAUGUGAACAGCACAAAGCAGUAAGAGAACAAGACCGGCUGGUGCAGCAACUUAGAGCAGAAAAGGAGAGUUUGGAGAGUGCUCUGAUGGGGACCCACCAGGAAAUGGAGAUGUUUGGCAACCAGACAGCAUUUACAGAAAAUCUGCUUCAUCGGAAGGAAUCACUUCAGAAUCAGCUCAUCAGCAUCCGUGUUGAAUUGUCACAGGCCACCACGGCUUUAAACAACAGCAGUCUAGAAUAUGAGGCUCUAGAGGGAGAGGUCUCUGCUUUGCACGAUACUCUGUGGGAGCAGCUGAAUCUCAAUAUACAGAAUGAGCUUAUGAACAGACAGAUCCAGAGAGAGAUUUGGAGGAUUCAGGAUGUAAUGGAAGGACUCAGAAAAAAUAAUUCAUCCCGGGGAACUGACACAGCAAAGCACCAUGUAUUGCCUGGACCCUCAGCUACCUUCAGCUCCAACAGCCCUGCAAGUCCCAUAAGCUCUGCUAGUCUUACAAGUCCCGUCAGUCCCUUUUCUCUCAUCUCAGGAUCACAAGGCUCCCCUACCAAGCAAACAACCAGUGAGGACUUGGGCCCUCCUCGCCCCCCUCUUCCUCUUUCGUACACUCCUCUGGACUCCCCUCCUGGUGUCCUUCCUCUCCCUGGGGAAGGUUGUUUCGAGCCUUGGCCAUACCCUCUCUCUUCCUGCUGGCCGCACAGUGAGCUGAAGCUGAACUUAGAACCAUAUAAAAGAGAAUCACUCCAGAUUUCAUCCUCACUUACUCCUGAAGGAGUAAGUUCCCUUCAGUUGUGUUCUGAACAUGAGUCAGAGAAACAGAAACAAGUACAUUUACAGGUCGUUAACAAAGUUGGCAUUGUACCUCCUAUAACGAAAUCACUUAAUGAAGACGAGUCAGAAAGGAAACCAUCAGUGGUUAGACGCGGAUGCAAUAGAAUACCUAAUGGAAACAUCUCACGGGAGCGCCCAAAGAGUGCAUUAUUCCCCAGUGAAGUGAAGUCCAAGAUGAGUGUUGAAGAACAGAAUGAUAGGAUGAAGCGUCACCAGAGUGGAUCAGUGAAAGAAAAGAGACGAAGCCUGCAGCUCCAACAAUCAGAACCUAGUGCAACCAAAUCAGUUGCGACAUGCAGAAUAGUACGAAGACAUCGCAGUAUCCAUGAGGUAGAUAUAUCAGACCUGGAAGCAGCUUUGCGUUCCCAAGAACCCCAGAGUGCUUAUGAAUCCCCUCAAAACGAGAUUGCCCGGCUACGCAAGAUGAAGGUGGAGCCGCAAGCAUACAGUGUAGAUAUCACCAGAGAGCUUCCUGCCCCAGACAAGCUUUCAACCCCAGAGAAAGUGUUGAUCCCGGAGCGUUAUGUAGAAUUGGAACCAGAAGGCCCACUGAGCCCAGAGGAAAUGCAGGAAAAGAGGAGGAAGGUGGAAAGAAUCAAGACGCUGAUAGCUAAAUCCAGUUUACAGAAUGUGAUCCCACUAAGUGACUUGGAGCUAGAAGUACCCCCUGACCCUGAGUCCCAGCUCCACGAGCAGGAGAAACGAAUAGAGUUAUCAUGUACGCUGGCUGCAGAAGCUUCACGUCGUGGUCGCCUCCUCUCUGCUUUGUGUGCCACCCCAAGUCCCCCUUCGUCACCCAAGUCCCCAGUUCCUCAGAUCCUCCCCAUCUCUCCUGAGCACUCAGCCAUGAUGGGAAGCAGCAGCAGCAAUGACAGCGCUGGGGAAUACGGGGCGAACAUCAUGUGUGUCUGAGCCACAGUCCAGAAAUGUUGAAAAACUGCACAAAUCCUAGUUCAGCAUAAAUGCUUCAGCUGUUUCAACAAUGCCAGGAGGGCUCACCUCUUCCACUGAACACAUACAUCACCAUUUAAGGAGACAAGCAGAAAAACUGAGAAAUUGCAAUGAAGGAUGAAGAUAAGUGCAUCACGGUGGAAGCCAGACAGUGUUAGUCUGACUUAUUUAAAGCACUGUAUUUGCAACUAAGUGGAGAGAAGCUGCAGAACCAUUGUGUUUGACGAUUACUAAAAUAUUGCAUGACCCAAACUGCGGAAUUUGCCUAUGGCUGGAAAGCCAGGACAACAGUAGAUUUGAAAUUUCUUUUUAUGAGACAAUCAUUUCUUGCUGUUUAUCAAGAGACUCAUCAAAGUAGUACUAUAGUCUCUUUCACUAGAGAGCUAUCACCAAAUCAUUAUCUUUUUCCUGCAUUAUUUGUCUUAUAUAAUAGUGUAUCACUUGUCAGUAGGUGUCUCCUCUUGGGCAAGCAGGCAAAAAUUUGGUUCUGGGCAGAUUAAAGCCCAAGACUGAUAUUCUGACAUGUGUAUUGUUCUGUUUUUAUAAGAACAAUACCUACCUAAUCCAAAUAUAUAUUUCUCACUAAAAAAUAUAUAAAUGUGUACACAUAUAUAUAUAUAUAUAUAUAUAUAUAUAUAUAUAUAUAUAUAUAUAUAUAUAUGUGUGUGUGUGUGUAAAUACAGGUAUAGCAUCAGUUAUUUGUAAUGUUUGGGGCCUAGGGUUUUCCAGAUACAGACCACACUUAGGUUGGGGGGGUAGCAGUAGUUUUUUUUUUUUUUUUAAUUGCCCACCGCCAGCGCUAGGACACCCGCACUCGGAGGGAGCACCCAGUCGAGUGGCAAUGUUGGGGCACACUAAUCAAUGCCACAACUUGCCCAUGUGCAUGGCCAUGUUGGGCAGAGUGCAUGUGCAUAAUAAUCUUCUGACAUCACUUGCAUGAUGAGCAAGUUGCAGCAUUCACUCAUUAUGUGCAUGAGUGUGCCCAAACAUGGCCGCUCAAACCGGGAGCUCCCUCCCGGUCUGGGUGUCCAAGCCCUGGGGCCCAUAUUAAAAAAAAGAAAACUACUGUGGCCCGCAACUGGAGUGUAGGCUUUAUUAGCCCGCAUCUUUGGUGGGGGAAAAUAAUUUUGGGCAACAGGUGUCCUUUACAUCUACUAAAAAUAAUUUAAAUAAAUCCAAUAGGAUGGUUUUGCCACCAAUAUGAAUACAUGUAGUACAAUGUACAAAGGAUUGUUUUAUUAUUACAGGAAAAACAGGAAUAAUUAAAAAAAAUGAUUUUGCUUUAAAUAAAUGAGAUGUAUAGGAGAUGGCCCUUCUGUAAUUUGUAGCUUUCUGGAUAACGGGUCUCUGAGAAAGAAUACCAAACCUAAUAAUAUAUAUAUAUUUCUUUAUAUUUUACUUCAUAAAAAAAAAAAUAUUUAUUGUGUGUAUAUAACUUGGGGAAACACUAUUCAUUAAGGAAAGAUAUUUUAUCCUAGUACACUGUACUAUGUUUUAAGGGGAUAGUUAAUCAUUUUAGUAUGUUACAGAAUAUUCUGUUCUCUUUAUCUUUUGUAUCUGCCUUUAUUUUUAAUGUUCAUUUAAUAGUUUUAAUUAUUUUCCCAUCCUAUUUCAAGCUAUGGGGGUCACUGAUCCUUAAUUGAAAAUCCCAUUGCUCUGUGAGGCUUCUCUUUUUUCAGACCCUCUUUUCAUCUUCUAGUCAUUUGCUUAAACCUCUAGCUGGUUAUAAGGGUAAAUUGGACCCUAGCAACCAGACUGAAAUACUCCUGAACAAAAAGCUAAACAGAAAUCACAACAAAAAGAAUGACAACUAUUUAGAAAUUGUCUAAGAUUAUCAAUGUCUACAUUAUACUUAAUUACUUUCAAGUUGAUAUACCCGUUGUGCUAAAGACCUUUGAAUUUUUUGGCCCUGGGGAUCUCUAUAAGGUGGGGGAAGUCAAAUAGUGAUCUUGCAUACAUACAUCAAUCCAAAUCAUAUGUAUUUUCCUAUAAAUAAAGCGGGCACUAUUUCCUUCUGUGUGUUACUCUGCAGUGGCAUAUACACUUAUAGUUCAUUUUAUUCAAGAUAAAACACUAUAUAUGGCACACCUUUGGAGAUGGUUAAGACAUAAGUUUAUUAUGUACCUAUAAAACCUUUCAAUAAAAAAAUUAAUACAUCUUGAAUCAA